CACGUACGUUUUCCAAGGUUCAUCAUCAUCCAUGACCAGAGGACUCCAAACUCGCCUUCAACAUUCGCCAUGAGACUGCAGGCUGUGAGAACCAUCAGAUCAGCUCCGGCCAUCAGCGGUCUCUCUCGAAGACGCUUUCAUCAAUCCCUUCCAUCACAUAAUCACUACGAGACGUUGAAUGUCCGCCGAGACUCGACCCCUCGUGAGAUCAAACGCCGUUUCUAUGAACUCUCCAAAAAGUACCAUCCGGAUCGAAACCCCGACGAUGCAGCGGCGAAAUCGAAAUUCGUCGAAGUAACUGAAGCAUACUCCGUCCUCCGUUCCGACCAGAAACGGCGAGACUAUGACCGAUCACUACUAGGACAAAGUUCGGAUGGUCCUACAGGAUAUGGGCAUCCGACGGGGCAUAGACAACCGAGUGGCCUGAGUCGCCGACGAACAAGACCACAAGGCCCACCACCAUCCUACACCGGCCACAACCCCUACAGCUCCAACAACUCCCACCCACACCCCCAAUCCAGCUACUACAACUCCACACACCCCGGCCACAACUUUACCGGCUACAACACCCACAACCCGCACUGGUCCCCAGUAGCCCAAGCAGCCUACGUAGCCCGAUACAAAGCUGAAGACGCGCGACGCUACGCACGGCAAAAAGAGAGGGAUCUGGCGCAUAGUCGGCGGGUUAAUCAUUCGCUAAGGAGGCCUCUAGUUUUUUUUUGGGGGUUUACGGGGAUCAUAAUGUUUGGGCAGUUUUUGGGGGCUACGGCCCAGGACAGGUGAGCGGGUACGGACUUGGGGUGGGACAAGGACGGUUGGGCACAUUGACGGGAUAUGGCGUAUUGAACAAGAUAUGAUGGUCGUUAUGGCUGGGC